GGCCCUCGCAGGCAGAAGACGUGUAAAAUGGCGCUGCGCUGGGGCGUCGUGUCGGCUGGCUUAAUUGCCAGCGACUUUACCACCGUGCUGAGCUCACUGCCUCCUUCGGAGCACCAGGUGGUAGCGGUAGCUGCGAGGGACCUGAACCGAGCAGAGGAGUUCGCACAGAAAUACAACAUCCCCAAGGCCUAUGGCUCUUAUGAGGAACUGGCCAAGGACCCAAACGUGGAGGUGGCCUACAUCGCCACCCAGCACCCCCAGCACAAGCCAGCCGUACUCCUCUGCCUGGCAGCAGGCAAGGCUGUCCUUUGUGAGAAACCCAUGGGCGUGAAUGCAGCAGAAGUUCGGGAGAUGGUUGCCAAAGCCCGUUCUCAAGGCGUCUUCCUCAUGGAGGCCAUUUGGAGCCGAUUUUUUCCUGCCAUGGAGGCUCUGAGGGAAGUUUUAGUUCAAGGAACUAUCGGAGACCUACGAGUGGCCCGGGCAGAAUUCGGAUUGGAUUUAAGUUCUGUACCCCGGGCCACAGACUGGAACCAAGCCGGAGGUGGACUGCUGGACCUAGGCAUCUACUGUGUCCAGUUCUUCUCCAUGAUCUUUGGUGCACAGAAGCCAGAGAAAAUUUCAGCUGUCGGGAGGAUCCAUGAAACAGGUGUGGAUGAUACUGUCAGCGUGCUACUUCAGUACCCAGGAGGGGUUCAUGGUAGCUUCACCUGCAGCAUCUCCUCCAACCUCCCCAACACAGCGUAUGUGAAUGGUACCAAGGGCAUGGCCCAGAUUCAAAAAUCGUGGUCCCCAACUGAGCUGGUGGUGAAUGGAGAGAGGAAGGAGUUCCCUCCGCCUGUCCUUGGGAAGGAGUACAAUUUCGUAAAUGGGUCAUGCAUGCUCUAUGAAGCCAACCACGUGCGUGAGUGCCUGCGUAAAGGUCUUAAGGAGAGUCCUGUAGUUCCUCUGGCAGAGAGUGAGCUCUUGGCUGAGAUCCUUGAGGAGGUGAGGAAGGCCAUUGGAGUCACCUUCCCCCAGGAUAAACGCUGAUACAGCUCCUGAGACGGAUGUGUGUGGCAAGCAACCUUCCCUCCCGCUUGGACCUCCGUAACCUGACUCUCAUUGCUUUGGAGUUGUUGUUGUUGUUGUUGUUGUUGUUGCUGCUGCUGCUGCUGCUGCUGCAAAUCAGCCCGUGUUCUCUCCCUUUCUGGGUGCCGGAAGCCAGCUUUGAUGAGUCAGGGUGUGGAGUCAGGGGAGUCCACAGACACCAAAGCUGCUUUCUAGGACAAACAGGUUCUCUCUUUACUUUAGGGGGAAACACACACACACACACACACACACACACACACACACACACACACGAUGGA